GCUCAGUGGUGAGCCACUUAGAAUCGGCAGAGAGCCGGUUGCAGGGGUGGCGUUUGCCACACCGCUCAGCGCGAGCCAUGGCAGACAUGGAGACUUCUGUCUCCUUUCCGGAAGCCGUGACCCCGGUAGAGGAGUACCAGCGGCUGGAGCCUCUGAUCAACGAGCCCUUGAAGGCCGGUUCCGCGUACUUCCUAGUCAACCGACGGUGGUACAUGGAGUGGCUGCAGUGGGUAGGAGCUCCGAGCGUGCAAAGCCCUCAGAUGCGGCCGGCUGAUCCGCCGCUUGAAGGAGGGUUCGAGAUGCUCUCCCAGGGAAGCGUGGGCAGUUCCCGGAAAAAGCCGCGGGCCAGUUCUUGGACCAAAGAUCGCCCAGGGCAAAUAGACAACAGCGAGCUGCUAGAGGAAGGCUCCUCAACUGCCAUCAAGUCGACACUGGAUGAGCACUCUGACUACAGGAUUGUGCCAGAGGACGCGUGGGACCUGCUGUUCGGUUGGUACGGUGGAGGGCCUCCCAUCAAGCGUCGGGCCAUCACGCCGUCUUCUGGCGGAGUUCAGGUGGAGCUCUAUGGUCUGUCUUUGAAGGUUUACAGAUCAACAGAUUUGGCCGGAGUGCCUUUGGAGGUCAUCGAGUCCAAGUGCUGCACCAUCCGGCAGUUGAAGGCUGAGCUGUGCGCGCAACUGGGGAUGGACGCCAGCAAGGUGCGGAUCUGGGACUACUUCAACGAGAAGCCCUUUACGCUCUUGGAGUCGUACAUGGAGGACACAUUGGAGAGCCGCCGCAUCAUGCAGCAGAACGAGAUCCUGCUGGAGGAGCAAGAGGCAGACGGCUCCUGGAGCUAUCGGGAGGACUCCACUUCUGCUGUUGAGACCUACGGGACGUCAACGACAGCCGGCUACUCCUCCAACUGGCUGGCGUCGUCUGCAUCUGAUGUCCCGGUUGUGGGAGAACCAAUCCAGCGGGGUGCAGUCGGAUUGCAGAACUUGGGCAACACCUGCUUCAUGAAUAGUUCAAUUCAGUGCCUCUCCAACAUCCCGCAGCUGCGGGAAUUCUUCCUGACAGGCACCUACAAGGCCGCGCUGAACCCCACCGCUCACAAGACACACGGCAAACUUGCAGAGACCUUUGCCGAACUGUUGGAGCUGAUGUGGAAGGACAACACCAUCAAAGUGGCUCCGAGGAACUUCAAGUGGCAGGUGGGCCAAUUUGCCGAGCAGUUCAGCGGGUAUGGCCAGCAGGACUCCAUGGAGUUGAUUGAGUAUGUCCUGGAUGGCCUGAAGGAGGACUGCAACUCGGUGCAAGGCUGCAAGCCGUACAUCGAGCUGAAGGAGGCAGACGGGCGACCGGACGCGGAGGUGGCCGCGGAAGCGUUGUCGGCCUACCGGCAGCGCAGCAGCUCGCGGGUGGACGACCUCUUUGUAGGCCUGUUCAAAUCCGUGGUGCGCUGCCCCGAUCUUGGGUGCGGACGCACCUCUGUGACCUUCGACCCCUUCCUCUCCGCCAAGCUUUCGCUGUCCAGCUCUGCAGAGCAGAGACAGACGUCUGUCAGUUUGGUGCUGGUUCGGGACUGCGACCUGGCGACAGAGGCCUACCAGCAGGUCAAGGUGAAGGUGAACAAGGAAGCAAGUGUCAAGGAACUCAUCGAAGCAGCGGCAGAAGAGGUUGGUGCAGGUCUCAAGCCUUCCAGAUGCAUGCUGGUGGAGGUUUGGAACAAGAAGGUGUACAAAUUCUUCGAGGAGCCCGACUCCAUAGAGAACAUCCGCGCUGAGGACCACCUGCUUCUCAGUGAAGUCUCUGAUGCCAAAGCUUUCUGCAAGAGUGGGGAGCAGCGCUGGGGCUCUACAUACAUCACCAAUAGCCUGGAUGAUGACUCCGGCGGCGGCGGUGCAUCACCGAGCUCGUCGUCCUCGUGCGGCGUCAUUCUACACCACAGGAAGGCGUCUUCCAACUCUAUUCGGCGUGACUCGUCUCCGCUUGGUGUCCCACUUUUGAUGACUAUCCCAAAGGAUGCCACAGCUCGCCUGCUAUACAAGCAGGUGGAUCGUUACAUCAAAAGGCUGGCCGGGGAGGUGGACAGCGCCUGGCGGCUUCACAAGACGGACGGGCAGCUCAUUGACCCGGAGGGUGAUCUGCCUCUGGGGAUCAAGGAAUCGCGAGAACAUUUCGCGAUUGAAUGGCAGGAAGAGUUGCCUGAGAAGGUGCUACAGGAGCCUUUCAGCAAGACCAACGGCUCAGUGUCCGACGGAGAGGUGGACCUGACCCAUUUGCUGGAGAUGUUCGUCCAGGACGAGAAACUUGGCCUGGAUGAUGCGUGGUACUGCAACCGCUGCAAAGAGCACAAGGAGGCCUUCAAGAAACUGGAGUUCCACCACUGCCCACCGGUUCUCGUACUUCAGUUGAAGAGAUUCCAGUACACUCGCUGGUAUCGAGAUCGGCUCAACGCGCCCGUCAAUUUCCCGCUGCACAAUCUGGACCUCACGUCCUACUGCACGGCCUCUUCCAGAGAGUCCUUCAAGAUCCCGCCCGUUUAUGAUCUUGCUGCGCUGUCAAAGCACAUUGGCUCCCUCGGUGGCGGACACUAUGUCGCAUACGCUCGGUCCUCCAUUGACGGGGAGUGGUACCACUACGACGACAGCUCCGUCCGGCGCUGCUCAGAGGAGGAGGUGUCCUCGGACAAGGUGGGCGCUUAUGUGCUCUUCUACAUCCGGCGAGAUUACCGCCCGCCGAGCUAUGGCCCCCCUGAAGUCUGAAGGUGCUUCAGGCCCAGGUUUCACCAGUUGUUUCUCGCAAUUCGGUUUAUUUGUGGCGAGUCAGCCACAAGAGCGGUCAGCAGAUCUCACCCACGAAGGCCGUCCCAGCAGAGAGGUGUGCUGGCACACCCACAAAACCACAUGCUCCACCUACUUUGUUGGGCAUGGUGGCAGGUCCAGAAGUGUAGCAUUAUUGAUUGACCAGCGAAUUAGCCCAGAGG